AUGUCAAACUACACUGCUGGGACUAGUAUUACAAGCCCUUCAGGAGAUGUUUAUCUUGUUCAUGGACUUAUUUCUAGAGGAGGAUUCAGUAGUGUUUAUACUGCUCAUCUUCAUCCAGACCGGACACAAAUUUAUGCGAUUAAAGUAAUAGAUAAAAGAAAAAUACAUGGAAAAAUGGUAGAACAUAUUGAACGUGAAAUUUCUAUUGCAAAAGAUGUACACCAUCCAUAUAUAUUAGGAAUGAAAGAUGUAAUUGAAACUCAAGUUCAAUAUUUAAUGAUAAUGGAUUAUGUAGAAGGAGGAGAAUUAUUUGAAGUAUUAAAAACAGAAGGGAUUUUAUCAUUAAGACAAAAUAUUACAAUAUUGACUCAAAUAUGUGAAGCUGUUUCUUAUUUACAUGAACGUUGUAUUUGUCAUCGUGAUAUUAAACCUGAAAAUGUAUUAUGUACAAAUUGUGAAGAACCAUUUGAUAUUAAGCUUGCUGAUUUUGGUCUUGCUGUUCGGUUUGAUGAAGAGCCUAUGACAACAAGUUGUGGAACAUUACAUUACGCAGCACCAGAAAUUGUUGGAACAGCAAAGACAUAUACUGAAGCAUGUGAUAUGUGGUCAAUAGGGGUAUUAGCAUUUGUACUAUUAACAGUUAGUUUUCCAUUUGAUGGAACAGUGGAAGAAGUUAAACAAAAGAUAUGUGAAGGAAAUGUUGAUUGGAAUAGAAUGAAAGGAAAAGAUACUUGUGAAGAAGCUAUUGAUUUUGUUGAAAAGUUAUUAGUAGUAGAUUCAAGUAAAAGAAUGACUGCUCAAGAAUGUCUAGAACAUCCAUUUUUACAUUUAUUAGAUGUAGAAACAGAUAUUGAUAUUCCAUUAGAUAUUAUAGAUGAUUUUGAGUUGUAA